AUGGCGCCCUCUCUCCAGAUCUCGAUUCCGACGACCUCGAUAGCCCAACAAGGCAACAAAUCAUACACGCUCUACCACAUCCAACUCGCCCUCCCCAUCCGCACCCACGAGACGCGCAAACGCUACUCCGACUUCACCUCCCUACACGAGACCCUUCUCUCAACAACCGGCUCAGCACCUCCCUCCCCUCUACCCGCAAAAUCCUGGCUGCGUAGCACCGUCAACAAUGCAGAACUCACCGAGCAACGCCGCCGCGGCCUCGAAGCCUACGUCCGCGCAAUCCUCGACGCAAACGACGCACGCUGGCGCUCCUCGACAUCCUGGCGCCACUUCCUAGGCCUGCCCAACGAUCCCUCGCAAUCCCAGAAAAUCAGACAGCAAAAUGAUAAUGCAGCUGCCGAUCCAGCCGCCUGGCUAGACCUGCACAGAUCUGUAAAAGAUCAAUUGCAGGAAGCACGCCAACUGCUCAAGAAACGAGACGCAGCAGCCACCGCACAAGAACAACACGCCAUCUCCGCCUCUGCAAAGGCUUCUCUGGUGCGCGCAGCAACCGGCCUAGCAACCCUGGACGCCGCUUUGUCCAAAUCCGCCUCAAAAGCCAAAGACGACAGCGACGGCGACUGGGGCCAAUCCUCUCGCCUGGGAGAAGGCGAAGUGCGCAGACGAAAAGACAUGCUCCAACUCGCCCGCUCCGAAACAGAAACCCUGGAAUCCCAAUUGAAAUCUCUAGUCGUAAAACCUCAAGGAAGCAUGUUAAGCGCAACCUCAGCCGCAGCCACCGCCUCCGAAAGCGACAAACGCGCGCUCUGGGGCGAGCACAACACAGCCUCCAUGCGGUCUUCCCGUCGCGUUCUCGGCGGCCCUGCUCAAGAAACAGACAAAACAAGAGAACUGGACAACAAAGGUGUGCUCCAGCUACAACAGCGCAUCAUGGGAGAGCAAGAGCAAGACGUUCUCGAGAUUGGCAAAGCAGUAACCAGAAUGAAGGAGAUGGGAAUCAUGAUUAAUGAAGAGUUGGUGGUGCAAAACGAGAUGUUGGGAAUGUUGGAUACGGAUGUCGAUCGUGUGCAAGGCAAGAUUGAUGUUGCAAAGAAGAGGAUCAAGAAGAUCAACUAG